GGGGACUUCGGUUCCACAAAAUCCUUCCACUGUUUACUUCUUCAGCAGCAAAUCAAUAACAAACUUAAAAGAAUUUAUUAAAACAUCAUGCUCACGAAUCAACGGCCGAGCUAAACCCAGGACAGGGAGUCUUGUAUGUUUUGAUUGGGACACAUUUCAUUUGAACAAACUAUUUCCAUCAUGUUUUAUAGUGCAAGCUCUUAAAAACACUCACUAGAUUUCGAGAUGCCAUCUUAAAAAUGAGCAAAAGCUAAAUUGAAAUUUCCUCCAAAAUUUAAGAUGGGCUAAAAAAUACAUCAAACCCAAACAGAUUAUCCUGGCGCUGCAUCCUACCAGCAACGCCCUGCAUCCCAGACUCUCCGCGCGCGCCUGGCGGACGCACAAGACAAGAAGAGCAGCUGCUCCUUCGAUGCUGCUGAAGGUUCUGCAGCGCUGCUGGCUUAGGAUGCAAACCGUUAGGGGAUGAAACUGCUGCCAUCUUCGCCGCUGCUGGACAUGGUCGUCAAUCGGAAUUAUUCUUGACGCACGGAUUUUUGGACAGGGAUCGACAUGGCAGGCAUCGAGCACCUCCGGUGAUUCUGUGGGAUAGUUUGAGGCCGGACGGAUAUGACUGUGAUCUCAGGGGUUGCUGUGGAUGCGGGAUGAUGAGCACCGCACCCCGACAGAGGUUUCUGAGGAGAUCACAUUUUGGUUAUUUGAAAUCCCUUUUGGAGUUUUUGCUGGGCUCUGGCGCACCGUGAGCUUUUGGGUUAUUUUUGUGUUUGUUUUUCUCAUUUCUGGUUGGGACUUUAAGGCAGACCUAAUGUGGACUCUUCUGUCUGAAGGGAACAACUAAGCUCUGUAGCUCUGAGAGGAAGAAUCUGAGCAGAGCUGCUGACCUGGUCAUUUAAACACAGGGAAAUAGCCUUUCAGCAUGGCAGAGAAAACACUAGAACCAGGCUCAGUCAGCAUCCCCAUGGAGGAGACCAAGCUCCCUGGUGGAGCCCCCCAAGAGGCACCGCUGCUGAUCCACCUGAAGAAGGUGGAGAACCACAUCACAGAGGCUCAGCGCUUCACCCACCUCCCACGCCGCUCCGCUGUGGACUUGGAGUUCAAUGAGAUCUCCUACACCAUCCGAGAGGGUCCCUGGUGGAGGAGGAGAGGUUACAAGGCUCUUCUCAAGUGUCUGUCAGGACGGUUCUGCAACAAGGAGCUGAUUGGCAUUAUGGGGCCCUCUGGAGCAGGAAAGUCCACUUUAAUGAAUAUUUUAGCAGGAUACAGGGAAACGGGCAUGAAGGGCACGAUCCUGGUGAACGGUCGCCCUAGGGACCUUCGAACCUUCAGGAAGAUGUCUUGCUACAUCAUGCAGGACGAUAUGCUGCUGCCUCACCUCACAGUGAGGGAAGCCAUGAUGGUUUCUGCCAACCUGAAGCUGAAUGAGAGCAUGCAGGUCAAGAAAGAACUCGUGGAUGAGAUCCUGACAGCUCUUGGUCUUCAGGAAUGUGCUCAAACACGCACUAAUUCUCUCUCUGGGGGUCAGUGUAAGAGGCUUGCUAUCGCCUUGGAGCUGGUCAAUAAUCCACCCGUCAUGUUCUUUGAUGAGCCCACCAGUGGUCUGGACAGUGCAUCAUGCUGUCAAGUGGUUUCCCUCAUGAAGUCUCUGGCUCAGGGUGGACGGACAAUCAUCUGCACCAUUCAUCAGCCCAGCGCUAAGCUCUUUGAGAUGUUUGAUAAGCUGUACAUCCUCAGCCAGGGUCAGUGCAUUUACAAGGGCACAGUCCCUUACCUCAUCCCAUAUUUGAAGAACCUGGGUCUUCACUGCCCCACAUAUCACAACCCUGCAGAUUUCAUCAUUGAGGUGGCAUCAGGAGAGUACGGAGAUCUGAACCCAGUGCUGUUUGAGGCGGUCCAGGGAGGGCUGUGCUCAGAGGAGGGCAAAAAGAACUCUAAAGACAAAAGUGACUCCUCCUGUCCCUCCCAGUGUCUCAGUGACACAGGAACCCUGGAGAAGCAUAGCUUUGCCACCAGUACAUUCACACAAUUCUGCAUCCUCUUCAAAAGAACCUUUGUUACAAUAUGCAGGGACACGGUGCUGACCCACCUCAGGGUGAUGUCCCAUCUGGCCAUUGGAGUUCUCAUCGGCCUCCUCUAUCUGAAAAUCGGGAAUGACGCCAGCAAGGUUUUCAACAACACAGGCUUCCUCUUCUUCUCCAUGCUGUUCCUCAUGUUUGCUGCCCUGAUGCCCACAGUGCUAACCUUCCCUUUGGAAAUGUCUGUGUUUCUAAGGGAACAUCUCAACUACUGGUACAGCUUGAAGGCCUACUACCUAGCCAAAACAAUGGCUGAUAUACCGUUUCAGGUGAUUUGUCCAAUCAUGUACUGUAGCAUAGUGUAUUGGAUGACUGAACAGCCUCCAGAGGCCGGACGCUACCUGCUUUUUAUGGCCUUGUCAACAUCUACAGCCCUGGUAGCCCAGUCCCUGGGGCUGCUCAUUGGAGCUGCAUCCACGUCCCUGCAGGUAGCAACUUUUGUGGGUCCAGUCACAGCCAUACCUGUCCUCCUUUUCUCUGGCUUCUUUGUUAAUUUUGACACAAUCCCAAAAUACCUCCAGUGGAGCUCCUACGUCUCUUAUGUCAGGUAUGGCUUUGAAGGGGUGAUACUCUCCAUCUAUGGGAUGAAUCGGUCCGAGUUGGAGUGUCCGGAUGUAGUGUGUAAAUUUCAGAAGCCAGAGGAGGUCCUCCAGCUGCUGGAUGUGGAGGACGCAAAGCUUUAUGUGGACUUCAUUGUGUUGGGUGUUUUCUUUCUUGUCCUCAGAUUGGCCACCUAUCUGGUUCUGCGCUAUAGGGUCAAAUCAGAGCGCUAAGGCAUCUAGAACCACAUAUAAAAUAGAAGGGUUUCUGCAAAAGUGUGAAAACAUAUCCUUAUCCCUCUCUCCACAUUACAAACACAUAAAAAGAUGAAGACAAAUCCAGUGUAUACGAUUAUCAGAAGUGCACCUGCAGCGUUACACAGUCCUUGCUGUAGGCUGCAGAUUGUGGGAGUUUCUUAUUUGAGAGACGAAAAGUUGGAAUGUCUAAGACUUAUCACCGAGAGAUAAUAUUUGUCAGCUCACCAUACCAUUCCCCAAAUGAAACCCAAAUCAGGGCAAAAUAUUGAGCUUCUUCACAAGAUAUCCAAUAACAUAUCUAAUAGCAUGUUUUACCAAACAAACACAUUUGAAUUAGUAAAAAAAGUCAAGAAAAAACAAAAUGGAUGGAACCCAUAAAACCAGGUGACUGGUCUGUGUAGUGCUUGAAGAGCGGCAGCCAUGACCAGGAUGUAAACAUCUGAACUGUGCAAACUGUCCAUGCCUAAAACCUUCAGACAUCUGUGACAAGAGGCUGAACGGACAAACUCAUCUUUGUGGAGUUUGACCCAAACCAACCAACUGCCAGUGGAUGACUUUUUCUCUUUUCCCAUCAUGGAUCAUUUUCACAGACCUUCUGUCUUCAGACUCACAGUGGCAGAACAUUCGAACUUGGAUGAAGUGCUUGCAAAAAUGUUCCACAGGGUGUUUUUAAGUGGCGACUGACUCAUUGAUCCAUACUUGAUUUUGACAUCUUUGUUUCUGCCAUACUCAAGGAAGCACCCAGGCAAUGGGAAAUGUGAAAACUACUUUUCCAGUCUGAUGAGGAGUGGGGGACAAAGAUCACAGACAGAAACUGUGUUUUAGUCAAAGAGCAAUAGCUUAUACAGUGGGUGAAAAAGUGAAGAUCAGUGUUGCUGUUUUGACACUAUAUUCCUUCAAAACGCUUAAUUCCCCUCGUCGAAUGACUGUCGCCGUCUCCUCUGAAAGAAGCUGUCUCCCCUGUUCUUCCCUCCUCUUUCUAUGUGCUUGCUGAUGUCUGACAAAUGUGUAUUGUUUUAAAACAAUGCUAGAUACUUGAAAUGCUGGCUGGACGGUUUCUGUGCCUCUGAACUGGAAUGAUUUGAGUUUCUCCUGCUUUACUGUUUGCACAUUCACCUUAUGUCUACACACCCACAAUAUGCUGGUCUUCUAUUUCACACACAAACACAUACAAACACAUGAACACACACUCUCACUUUUGCAAUGUUUAGAAGAGCCUGUCCUAGUCACAUGGCAAUGCAAAUAUUUUCCAAUAGACUUGCUAUGAAAUAUUUCUUACUGAAACUAUGCUACUUAGUAAUCCUUAUUAUAACGCAUAACAUAAUGUGAGUAUAUAAUCAAUGAUUGUAUAGUGAGUAUGUCAUGCUGUUAACAGGUGUACAUGUGCACUUUUAGGUGUAUGUUCAUUGAUUAAGAUUAUUUCUAUUUGUUUUUAUUUUUAUGUAUCUAACGAGAGGGCUUGGAAGUAUAGAAGGGGAAAGGGAAUGUUGCAUGCUCUCUGCAGAAAGGAAAUAUUUAAGAUAUUUGGAGAACGGCAUGAAAACUUUCCUCAGCAGAAUAUAUGUACCUUAAAUGGUUGAGGAGAAGCAAAUCAGUUGCUUUCUGCUGAACACGUUCAGUGACUGGAUUAAAAAAAAGGAUUGGGGUGAAAAGAUAGAGCAUUAAAAAGGAUGUAAAACAAAUGUAGCUGAUUGUCAGACUCUCUGGAAAACAGCUGGAUCAGAAAAGAGAUUUCUCAUUUGUGAUCAUGUGUUUAGCACUCAAUGAGAAGCCUGCAGCAGCAGGACUCUUUCUGUCAAAACAGCAAUAGUCAACUUUGGGAUGUUUCUCGUAUAACACUUCCUCUGCUGUUGCUUUAGUCACUUUAGAAGUCUUCACUUCCUUGGUUUUUAUGUGCAAUAACCAUCCAAAGGUAUUUAAACUCUAUGAAUGAAAAGGGAACUGUGACACUUCCAUCAUAAGCUUUAUUUACGUUGCUUUUUGACUGUUAUUGUUUUUGUUAGAGACAGCAAAGUGGGAUGAUGAAUUUUAAAUGGAUCCUGGUGAGUCAGAGCCUCUGAACACAUGUUUCCAUUUUAAUGCUAGAUCUAACCCAGAUAAUUGGCUUAUAUGUGAUGACAUAAAGAUUUCCUGGCAUCAUAUUAGAAAUAUAUUUAGACUAUUUCCAAAAAGCUUUAGUUUGGUUACAGACUUGUGGUAUGAACUUCAAUAUAAGGGAAAAAAGUGACCAUGGAAUGAAAUAUGUUCAACUUUUGAAUGCAGCAGCAACAAUUAACUGAAUGUGGGGAAGUUCUCAACCUGUAUCACCAAAGAAAAAAAUAUUGCAGUUACUCACUUAAAGUCCAAUGUCUUGGAUUUUCUAAACAAUGAAAAUGAUUAAUGGAUACAAUCUGACAACUCAGAUGUGAAAUACUUGAGCAUAAAAAAUGAAGGUAUGUGACUGCUGCUGAUGAUCUUGUACUGUUUUUUAGUUUUAUUAUUUUUAUCAUUUUAUUUAUCAUUUGUCAAUUCCACUCUUUAAUGCAUGGAAGGUAAUAAUAUACCAGCUAACCCUUCAGAGUUUUGACAAAUAUUGAUGGAAAUUUAGUAUUGUUUUUAAAUACAUAUCUUUUUUAAUUUCUUUCUUACUUUCUAUCUUUUUUCCAUCAAUUACAAGUGAAUUUACUGUUUGUCAGCUAAGAAAAUGCAAGUUCUGUAUAAUGAACGCUGUUCUGAGGAUUAUAAUAAAGAUGAUUUAUAACCUUU